AUGAAAUCACGGGCUCGAGCAAAAACCCUUAAACUUGCUCUAAUUGGAACACAAAGAGUUGGCAAAACAUCUCUUUUAACGAAAUUUCACUUCGGAAAUUUCGAAAAGAACACGAUUGCAACAGUAGGUGCUUCAUUUAUCUUACAUACAUUUAAAAUCAAUGGAAAUGAUGUUUCAUUCCAAAUUUGGGAUACAGCAGGGCAAGAAAGAUAUCGUAGUUUAGCUCCAAUAUACUAUCGAGAUGCUUUAUGUGCGAUCGCUGUUUUUGAUUUGACAAUUCCUCAAACAUUCGAAGAAAUGAAAAUAUAUGUCGAACAAUUCAAGCAACAUUGUUCCGAUUAUUACCAUAUUGCGAUUGUAGGAAACAAAUUGGAUUUGGUUCCUCAAGCAGGAAGUGUAGAUGUACAACAAAUUGAGAGAUGGACUAAAAAUGAAGGAUUUUCGUUCCAUAGAACUUCUGCAUCUACCGGAGAAGGUGUUAAUGAAACAUUUCAACACAUCGCAGAGACUGUAGCAAACAGAAUGUCAGCACAAGCUGUUAAUGAAUCCAUAGAUAUUGAGGAAUCUAACGAAAAGAAAGGAUGCUGUUAA